AUGGUUCUUCAACUUUGCCUCACUUCAGCAAUUGAUGAUGACUCGUACGAAUUGUGUACAUCGACUCUUUACAACUUAUCAGGUAAUCCUCCUGUGCUAUUCAACAACUUUACAGCUAUGUUCAGACCUAAUCCAAGCUUUGACAUUGAACAAACAAAUUCUAAAAACCAACUUAUCGAGCAGAAUCGGCUGAAACUAUGCAAGGGGAUACCGCUGGAUGACUUAGAGCCGGACAGUAAACAAAGAGACUACAGGAUGCUCAAAAAAUAUAGCGACGAUGAGCUGAAGGGAUUCGAUUUGCGAGUUUUGCAAAAAAUGCUACACGGAAGUAUAAACGUCGAUGAUAUGGACGUUGAUGAACGAAAUGUACCUGAAAGCGCCUGGACUUUAAGUAUCUGUGAUAUUCCAGCCGCGGGGGCGAACCGUAAAGUGUCAUCGCAAGCAAUUACGGAAAGUACUAUAACCACAACUGGCGGGAGCUCGCCUUCCGUAACAUCUUUUCUAUCAGAAUUGGGCUACAUUUUGGACUACCAACUGCUGGUCAUCGGUGUCAAAUUUAACAUGAAGCACAAUGUUUAUCUCGAGCUGUCGAAAAUAUGGCUAAUAGACAACGCUGGCUUGACAAGACAACUGACAAAAGGCGGGUUCAUGGUAAAAGCAUUCGUGAACGUUGCAAAAAGCACUGAUAUCAAAAGUAUCAAUCAAGGCACGAACGCUCUUCUCAAUCUUCAAAAAGAACUAAGCGGGUACAUAAACCUUACAAUCCCAGAUCGAAAAUCAAUGGAUUCACGACUGGAAAAUCUUAACGACAUUUGA